UGUUUGCUACAGUAAAUAGAUGGGAUAUGGUACAUAUCCCAAAUUUGUAGAAAAGUGCAAAUUGUUGGAGGAGCUGAAUGCAAAGCUCAAAUCUACAAAGCUUUGCACUGUGGCCACUACUUAACAUUGAUUGAUUAUGAUGCAUGCAAGAAAAGAAACCUAAACAGAACAGAAGCAAGGAAGGUAGCUCAAUUAAAUACACCAAAAACACCUUUUUUUCUCUCUAUGGCUAAUAUGAUAAGUUUACUUUUGAACCAAGCACUCACGAGUCACCCCUGAAACUUUUUCCUUUCAAUUCAUCUUUAUGCUGCUAAACAACCUAAUCCUUCUCAUCCAUCUUAUUACAAAAAACCGUGAAAACUCUUUCUUCUUCUUCUUCUUCUUCUUCCUCUUCCUCUUCCACAUAUUUUCAUGAAACUCCCCUUCAUUUUGUUUCUAUUUUCUUUAUACAAUGAAAUUUCAUCAUCCUUUUACGUUCCUUUCUGUCUCUCUAGUUGUUAUGUGCUGUAAUGGUUUUUAUCUUUCACAACUUUGAUGAACCAAGUGUCAUAAAUUGCAUGACAUGGUUCCAUAAAGAUAAAAAGGUCUUGUUUGAAUUCAUAAAUGAAUCAUUUUGAUACAUGCUUUUCAAUUUUCAUCGUUGGAGCCUAUGUUUCGAAAUCGGUUUAUGCACUUCCUGAAGUCUAUUCACACAUUCAGAAGAAAAAUUCCUUUUGACAGUCUGUACUUUUGAUCAUAUAAGCAUCAUCAACCAUUACAUACAACAAUAAACCAUUUUCCAAAGGCAUGAACUUUGCUAGAGUUUCAAUGGCAGGUUCAUGUUUCACCAAACUUCGCCUGCGAAGGUCUAAGAGUAAUAAACCUUUACCAGAGCCUUCUCCUUCAUCUUCUAAUAAGACACGGUUGAAUCCUGACGCAGACAACAUGGAAAGAAAAAGAUUUGAUAGUUUAGAAUCAUGGUCCAUGAUAUUGGACUCUGAGAAUGUCGAAACGUGGGAAGCUUCAAAGGAAGAUCAGGAAGAAUGGACUGCUGAUCUUUCUCAACUUUUCAUAGGUAACAAGUUUGCGUCCGGUGCUCACAGUCGAAUUUACCGUGGAAUUUACAAGCAGAGAGCUGUUGCUGUUAAAAUGGUGAGGAUUCCUACUCAGAAUGAGGAGAGAAGAACAUUGCUAGAACAGCAAUUCAAGUCUGAAGUUGCUUUACUCUCACGUCUCUUUCAUCCUAACAUAGUGCAGUUUAUUGCAGCAUGUAAAAAACCACCUGUGUACUGUAUAAUAACAGAAUACAUGUCACAAGGAACUCUGAGGAUGUAUCUGAACAAAAAAGAGCCUUACUCACUUUCAAUAGAAACUGUACUAAGGUUAGCACUUGACAUAUCAAGGGGUAUGGAAUACCUUCAUUCUCAAGGUGUUAUUCAUAGAGACCUCAAAUCAAAUAACUUGCUUCUCAAUGAUGAGAUGAGGGUUAAGGUGGCAGAUUUCGGGACAUCGUGUCUUGAAACGCGAUGCCGAGAGACCAAAGGAAACAUGGGAACUUAUCGUUGGAUGGCGCCUGAGAUGAUUAAGGAAAAACCGUAUACUCGUAAAGUUGAUGUUUAUAGUUUUGGAAUUGUGCUUUGGGAACUCACAACUGCUCUGCUUCCUUUCCAAGGAAUGACUCCAGUGCAAGCUGCUUUUGCUGUAUCGGAAAAGAAUGAAAGGCCUCCACUGCCUGCAAGUUGUCAGCCAGCACUUGCACACCUAAUAAAGCGUUGUUGGUCAGCAAAUCCUUCAAAGAGGCCAGAUUUCAGUUAUAUUGUGUCUACUCUUGAGAGGUAUGAUGAAUGUGUAAAGGAAGGUCUUCCUCUAACUCAUCAUUCAGGACUAGUCAGCAAAAACUUCAUUAUCGAACGCUUAAAAGGCUGUGUCUCCAUGAAUUCCUCCAUACCUGUAAAUGCAUAAUUGAAUUCAUUCCCCUGCCCUAUAAGAUACUAUUAAUCUGAAGAAAACCAACCAUCAGAAGGUAACCAAAUCCUGCAACAGCAUUCAUCCACCAAACAACAUGAUCAGUGCAAAGUGCUGAAUAAGCCGUUACAUUCAAUCCACCCUGACUUAAUUUUAAAACGACAUUCUCCUUUGCUUAGAAGUUUAAUUUUCACUUUGAAUAUGAGCUUGUUUACAUAAGCUGCUUAGUUAGGAACUUAUGGCAUAAGAGCUUGUGUAUAAGCUAUUUCUAAACAAAAGAUAAAACAAAAUCAAAUUGUUUUUGUAUCAGCUAUAAACCGGUUUUUUAUAAACUAUCCUGAAGAGCUUAUGAAGUCAAAUUAUUUCUAAACGGUUUUUUAUAAACUAUCCUGAAGAGCUUAUCUCAUGUUAUCUGCAAGAUAUCAAGAUGUACGAAGUGUGAUGGCUGAAGGUAUAAUUGAAAUAAGAGGAGUAUAUAAUCUAUCAAGGAAAGAGAUUAGAUGGUUAGCAAGCAAAACUUAAUUCCAACACAACCUUCUCAAUUGAUAAAGUUUCACCACUUUUUAUUUUGCUACUUAAACAAACAAACUUGUACAUAACCUUAGCUUGAAAUAGUUGAAAAUAAUUGAACGAUUUAAUUUGUCAAGUCUCUGUGGAUCGAUAAUUUAAACUAAUUUGAUACUGCAAAUCGCACUUAUCAAGAGUUCAUUGUGUUAUAUCUAAGAUUCACCCCGAGAAGUUUAACCACUAAGACAUCUUUCCAUGGGGUUCGCAUAUCUUUAAGAACUUCGAUAUCAAGAAAAACUUUUGGCAAGAGAGUCGUUUUCUGUUUACAAGCUCAAUUUGAACUUGCUUUUUGGUGAUUAUAUCUCCCUUCUUGGACUCAAGGACUAUGAUUGGAAUUCAUAAUUUUGUAACGAAAGGAUGUGAUUGAUGACUUAGAAAUAUGGGGUUUCUUGACAUGUUGUUAAUCAUUACAUUGCACAUAGGAGAUGAAAUCAGUGCGCUCUCUUUCCCAAAACCUAAAUCGCCAAAUUUAUUUGAAGAAGAGGAUACAAUAUGCCAGGGGCAGAGUAAAGGUUCUAAGGAUUUUGUGGUCUCCAUACUAUAAAAACAAGUUAAAUAUGUUUAUAAUCCCUAUAAAAUUAUGUGUUUUCAUCAUCAUUGUAUCCCUAUAAAAAAAAAUGGACUAAAAAUCAACAAAUAUGGACUAAAAGUGAAUAAAUC